GCAAAGCCCAGUCCAUUGGGUCUGCUGCCGUGUGAUGCUGUGAGCUCUGUCUCAGUCAUUGGCCUGGACCUCCAGAAGAUAUUUGCAGAUACCAGGCUCCCAAACAUCGGUCCUAGAUGUGAAGCAAUCCCAUGAUGCAACAUGUGUCCCCUGCAUCAUCACUGACCAUGAUGGCAACCCAGAGUGUACCCCCUCCAACAUACCAAGAGAGCCAACAGAUGACAGCCACGGCCCAGCAGACCACCAAGACGCAGCCAGUGCAUAUCCCAUCAUCCUCUGCGGCUGCCACCCCUGUAGCCACUGUACCACUCGACCCUCAAGCACAGUUGGAGUCUGACAAGAGAGCAGUGUACAGGCAUCCACUCUUUCCACUCCUCGCUCUUCUGUUUGAGAAGUGUGAGCAGGCCACACAGGGGUCAGAGUGCAUUACCUCGGCAAGCUUCGAUGUCGACAUUGAGAACUUCGUUCACCAGCAAGAGCAAGAGCACAAACCCUUCUUCAGCGAUGAUCCUGAGAUUGACAGCUUGGUGCGUUACUCUUUGAUGGUAAAAGCUAUUCAGGUUCUGCGAAUCCACCUGCUGGAGUUGGAGAAGGUCAAUGAACUUUGCAAAGACUUCUGUAACCGCUACAUCACGUGCCUCAAGACGAAGAUGCACAGCGACAACCUGCUGAGGAAUGACCUGGGAGGCCCGUAUUCUCCAACAGCAGUGUCCCACGCCCUGCCAGUGCAGAAUUCUCCAGACUCUUUGACAACGAUAAACAACACUGUCAACUCCCAGGGGAUUGUGGUACCAACAUCUGCGCUACAACAAGGGAAUACUGCCAUGGCAACACAGGUAGUAACAGGUGGAACAAUUUACCAGCCGGUAACUAUGGUAACCUCUCAGGGUCAAGUGGUGACCCAGGCCAUUCCACAGGGUACAAUACAAAUCCAGAACACACAGAUGCUGCCUGACCUGGUGAAUCUGGAGCUGACCUCUCUCCUUCAGGAUGGAGAGGACAAGAAGUCAAAGAGUAAACGUGGUGUCCUGCCCAAGCACGCCACUAACAUCAUGCGCUCCUGGCUCUUUCAGCAUCUUGUGCAUCCGUACCCUACAGAGGAUGAGAAGAGACAGAUAGCUGGACAAACCAGCCUCACGCUCUUACAGGUCAACAACUGGUUUAUCAAUGCCAGGCGACGUAUCCUCCAGCCAAUGCUUGAUGCCAGUAAUCCCGACCCUGCUCCUAAAGCCAAGAAAAUCAAAUCCCAACACCGGCCAACUCAGCGCUUCUGGCCAGAUUCUAUCGCAGCAGGAGUACUCCAGCAGCAAGGAGGGAAUCCCAGCAACCCAGACAGCACUAUGACUGCGGCCAUAGACAGUCUCCAGUCACUCUCCUCUGACACUGCCACCCUCGCCAUGCAGCAGGCCAUGAUGGCUGGCCAUGCAGGCGAUGACUCGUUGGAUGGAACCGAUGAGGAGGAGAUUGAAGAGGAGGAAGAGGAUGAGGACGAUGACAACGGGGAACUGCAGACGACAAAUGUUAAUGACCUGGGCCUGGACAAUAGUGACUCCCUCGACUAACUUCUCUGCUUGCACACACAGGAGACAAAGGAAAAAAAAAGUUGACCAGUGUGCGGACUUUUUUUUUAAAAAAAAGGAAAGACUCUUCUCUAUGAACAAGUCACAUCAAGAUGACAGUCAUAAGAAUGAAGGCCCCCGUGUCUAGAAUCUAUUUUGUGAUUUAUUCGGUAUUAAUGAAUGUUAUUGUGAAUGUAUCCUUCAUUUUUUUUUCAACAUUUGUUUUACAUUUGUAUUUUUUACUUGGCUGGUGUGGUUGUCUCCACAGCCCUCGAUACUCCUGGCUUCACAUUUGGUCUGAGGCGUUUCCUAACACUAAGGAGAGAGGGGCGAAACGGUGAGACUGUGUCCAUCAUGCUCUCACCCUGGCUUUCCAACCAAAAUAAAUAUUGAUUGAAAAAGGGCAGAAGCUGUUUGUUUCACGGGUCACUCCUUUCCCCGCUUGGCCGCCAGUACCUGAUGGACCUCAAUUUGAAUUGGAGACUGGGUUAGCAGCAAAGAGCUGACAAGGCUGAUUGAGUUCUUUCCUAGCUCUUCAGUUACAUGGCGUCCCUCCUCUUCCUGCUGCUCUCCCCAGCCAAGCCCUUUUUUUUUUUUGCCCUGUUUGAUACAUUUUAGUUAUAAAAAUAAUAUUUUAAAAAAGCACAAUCUUUGAAUGCCCCCUUGAUUCUUAUCCUGGUUGGUGUUUGCUACUCUGACCCGAGGUUUGAUGUUUGGAGUCUCUAGCGUAAUAUGAGGUAGGGGGAUCGGGGUGUUGGUAACCUUGCGCAGCAACCUACAGACUGACUGAUUUGUUUUGAAACUAUGAAGCUUUUACUAUUACCUUGAUGUUAAUCGAUGGUGCCAGAUCUUGAUAUGUCCUGGAACUGCCCUUUGCCUGGUUUCUAACCAGGCACUCCAGUCUUUGAUUAGCUCUCCAGAAAUUUAUCAAAUAUAAAUCAAACACUAAAAUAUACUGUUUUCUAGAGGUGAAAUUGAAGCUUUUUCUUUUCCAUUAGAUAUUUUCCGCGUUCGACAGGAGAAUGGCCUGUCUUGCUGGGUUCUGAAGAAAUCACUUCCACUGUGAUUGUGAUAAUAUGCUUAAUCAUUUCCUGUUCCCAUAUUGUACAAAUUUGAAGGAGUUAUGCCUGUAUGAUUUGGCACUUCCUUGCUUCUUGUUUCCCUUAGGACUAGAAGGGAUUAAAAAGGCCUUUAUUGUCAAACUUAUUUCAGAUUAAUACAGUCUACUAGGUAUCUGAAUCAUAAGGUAGCACUCGCAGACCAAUAUUUAAUACAAUUAAGGCCAAGUAGCACUCAAGCAUUUCAUGAUUGACCCUCAAAGGACCACAAAAUAGGAGGAGCAUAUUCAGCCUUUGUUCCAUGGUCAUCUGGAGUGUUAUCAAAAAGGAUUUGUGUGUUGACAUACCUGGUCAAGGCAAGGUUCAACUUGGGGCCGUGAGUUUGCCCUCCUGCAGGAUAUUUUGACUGAUGCAGAAAUGCUUGUGUUAUCUCUUUUAACAUAAGGAACCG